AUGCUGAAGGUCAUCAAGGACAAGGAGGUUCCAGAGCCCUGCUACAUCCACCCUGACAACAUAGGGCUAUGUCAGAUCAAAGCCCGACUGGCAGUCUACCAACGCUGCAAACAAGACAUUACACUAUUUGUCAACAAGGAAUAUAUGGUAGGAGAUAUUAAAUUUUCACAAGGCAUGACUUACAACUUUGCCAAGGUUGGUGCUGUUCAGUACCAGGCAUUUGAUAAAGCCACACUGGAAGAGAUGGACGAGCACAAACAGCGAAGCACACAUCUGCACAAUGUUAAAUGUGGUGUUAGCUUCCGCACAUUCACGUGGGGAAGCAUGAAAGCCUUGGGCUCAUGUCUUCCACAAGGAGGAAAUCCAGGCUCAGGAUAUGGUUCUUACAAGGAUAUGAUUGCAAGAGAGAUUGAAGACAUCAAGUUGAUGUUUGAACAUGCGAAGGUCUGUACCGUGAUCACAACAGUCAAGUUCUACUUAUACAGCCUCAGAUUGCAGAUACUCUGA